CCCGCCAGCCGAGUGCCUUACACUUCAUUUCCAUGAGCCCAGCGUGCAGCUGGAAGAAGCAGCGAACACUUUGAGCUUUUCCCCAUGCCGCUCAGCCCCCACCGCGGGAUAUCGACGGGCUGCACCCUUCUGCCCCGACUCCCUCUUUUCUCCAGCAGCCGCGAACCCCCCUCACCAAUCUGCAUAUUCACAUGAUCGCAAAUGACCCGCGGCUCCGGCUGCAGCGUCUCAAGCUCCCUCCGCCCGCCCGCAGCAGCAGUAAGUGUGGACGACUGUGCAAGUGUGAAAACAUCAUGGUAGCAUUCAAAGGAGUCUGGACUCAGCCCUUCUGGAAGGCUGUUUCAGCAGAAUUUUUGGCCAUGUUGAUUUUUGUCCUCCUCAGCCUCGGCUCUACAAUCAACUGGGGUGGAUCAGAGAAGCCACUGCCUGUAGACAUGGUCCUUAUCUCUCUCUGCUUUGGACUCAGCAUUGCAACCAUGGUGCAGUGCUUUGGACACAUCAGUGGUGGCCACAUCAACCCUGCUGUGACUGUGGCCAUGGUCUGCACAAGAAAGAUCAGCCUCGCCAAGUCGGUCUUCUACAUUCUAGCCCAGUGCCUGGGAGCCAUUGUGGGAGCUGGCAUCCUCUACCUCAUCACACCACCGAGUGUGGUGGGAGGCCUGGGAGUCACUGCGGUACACGGGGAUCUUUCCGCUGGCCAUGGACUCCUGGUGGAGCUGAUAAUUACAUUCCAGCUGGUUUUUACUAUUUUUGCCAGCUGUGAUUCAAAACGAAGUGAUGUCACUGGUUCAGUAGCAUUAGCAAUUGGAUUUUCUGUUGCGAUUGGACAUUUAUUUGCUAUCAACUACACUGGUGCCAGUAUGAACCCUGCUCGCUCAUUUGGACCUGCUGUCAUCAUGGGAAAAUGGGAAAACCAAUGGGUUUAUUGGGUGGGACCAAUAAUAGGAGCAGUCCUUGCUGGUGCUCUUUAUGAGUAUGUCUAUUGCCCGGAUGUGGAGCUCAAGCGCCGUUUUAAAGAUGUCUUCAGUAAAACAUCCCAGCCGUCCAAAGGGAAAUACAUAGAAGUGGAUGACACCAGAAGCCAUGUAGAGACCGACGACCUGAUCCUGAAACCUGGCAUUGUUCAUGUGAUUGAUAUUGACAGGAGUGAGGACAAGAAGGGAAGAGAUCCAUCAAGCGAGGUUCUGUCUUCUGUAUGACUAGCAAGGAGCACUGAAAGCAGAGAGCAGCCUGCCAAUGAGUCUACAGAUAUCCUUCCUAUAAAAGAAACAGAUCUCCUCUAAACUGAGCACCUACCAUUUCUUAAAAGGUGUGGUGGAGGCAGCUGUGUGGUAGUAGCAUGACGAAACCAUACAUCUGCUCAGCUGGAACAUUAGGAUUUUGUUCUUAUUAGGAUUCCCCAUGAAUUGUUCCAAAUUAGGAGUUGUUCCUACUAUUUUCCUUUCUUUCUGGAACAACCCCAAAGUCAAAAAGAGAUGAAAGUAUUCUUCUUUAAUAAAUCAGUCAAUAAUGAGAUGAAGAUAGAGAUGUUUAACAUUCAGAUUGACAGAUAAGACAUAUCAGGAAAUGCCUAUAGACAUCAAGACCUACUUAUCAGAUUGUUCUUCUGACACUUAAUUGACUGUUGUCAGCUUUGAUUAGAACAUCUUACCCAUUAAGCAUUCUCUGUGAGGUUCAGGGACAGCACCAACAGUUUUCAAGAGUUUUAUCCAAAGUCAAGCGAAAGAGUAUUGUUUCCACUCAUGUAUGUCACUACUACUUUGCAAACUACCUCUGCAAUAAAUUAUUUUAAUAGGCUCCAGAAAAAAAAUUGAUCAACCCAUCAAAUUUCACUCAUAUGAUUUUCUAUAUAAAUGUAUUGCCUUCAUCUCUUCCCAGGAGUAAAUACGCUGAAAUUGAAUAUUGAAGUCUAUGAUAAUAAGGCUGCAUAGCAUUUAACAGUACUUCAUGCUCACUUCCGACAUUGUCUAUCUGGUGAAACAUUCUCCUGGGGUUUGACUAUUGACCAUUUCAUGUUAGCAGACUCUCAAGGUCACAAGAAGAAUAUAAAGGCUUUCCUGUUACUUAAUAACUCAAAUAAGACCUAUCAAAAGAAAAGAAGGCAUAUCUGUUUUCAGUGCACUUGUUCAGAUACAAAUUUCUGUGAGAAUUUAUGUAAACUAAAAGUUUAAAUUACUUAACUACUUUCUUACAAGAUGGUUGGAGGUAUGGGGUUUUUAAUUUAUUAGUAAUAUAGAAAGUUUUAAAAUUUUAACUGUAUUGAAAUAUUGAUUGAGAAGUAUUUUUAUAACAGAGGAUAAAAACAUGACUGCUUCUGCCUUUUUGUUGUAACUGAUGCCUAACUAGUUGAACAGGAUCCGCUCUUAUUCCACAGCUCAUCUAGUCUUAAUUACAUCUCCAGUAAAGGCUGCUUUAUUUGUUGUUAGAAAAAGAUGCAAGCACUUGCAGGGUUUUCUGGGGGAAGGGGACAUGAAAUCAGUAAUCAGGCUUUCCCCCAUAGAAGUAUUUUGAUAGACAUAAUCAUCUCACUGGAACAUUUCUAUAAAGCUGUUACUUACUGCUUUUGCUUCUGAUCGGUGGCUUUGAGUUUUACAACAUGCAGCUGCCGGAGCAGUCAGGAGCACUAUGCUAUUACUGUAAUUGUAUAGUUUUUAUUUUGAAAUUGAAAAACUAUUCCUGCCUACUUAAGAAUAAGAGGGCAAAAAGCAUUAGUCCUGGCUGUGGGCUGUAAUAGACUUGUCUCCUCUUUGUCGUGCUCUACAUGCAAUCUUUAUUGCAGGGAAUUAGAUGCUUCUGGUGAGAUAAUAAACCACUGCUAAACUCAAAUCUGUGCACUGUGAUCCAAGGGCAAUUCUGCUAUUCCAACUCACAGUACUGUAUAGCUCCAGCAUGUCCUGCUGUACUCAUUUUCCUAGUUUCACACUUUUCUUGCCUUAAAAACCUUGUUAGAGAGUGGCACAAGCUCCCUGCAUCGAGCGCUAGAGCUGUGAUUCCUCUACUAUUUGUGGCUGGUCCCUGCUUCUGCCUCUGCUGUACAGGCACAGCACAUGGCACAAGUGGACACAAGUCAUGGAUUCCUCAGGUGACCCAGUGACAGCCCUGCUCCUGGCCAGAUGCACUCCUAUUACUUACCUAUGGAGUGUGGUAAAACAGCUGAUGGUUGUCCCUAGCUGUACUCCUCAGGACAGCAUUGUGGUUCAAGGGCAGGAGCAUGGCAAGAGGCCUGCUGGUAUUUGACGUGCUGUAUCAAAUCAGAGAUAAGAGCUAAGCAAGAGUCAAGGAUCACAGAUAAGAGUUAAGCCACAGCAGGAACUGAGUGUCCUGGGGAUGGGCAACAUAGGUGUGACGUUUAAAAUUCCUGUAUGCCUUUUUUCAGAUGGGUGAGUAUCGCACUAAAUAGAUUCAAUAAGAAAGAGUAGAAGUAGUGGGUGUUUUUGUUUGUUUCUUUGUUUGUUCUGUUUUGUUAGUUGUUUUUUUUUUCUCCUCUAGGCAUUUAUUCUGGCUUUAUUUUUUUUCUUCAAACACUGUGUUUGUUAAAGGGACAUUUUUAUUAAACCUUUUUCAUGGCUCAUGCAGGUAAAGUGAAGAGUGUUAUAUUCAUAGCACUGGUGGACUGUUAAAAUUUUUGCAUUUUUGUGUUUAAAGGCACUCCUUAUAAUAUGCAGAUUUUGCAUGGUGCUGUAUUAUUUAAAUAAGAAGCUGUGAUUUGCUUUAUGCUUAAGGGUCCUUUACACAAAUUGUGUAAUAUUUGUUUUCUUCACACAGACUGAUUCUGCUGCAGAGGUGAGCAUAGCAUGAGCAUGGCACUGGCCAACUCAAUUAGAUUGUUUUUUCCCUCUAAACACAGUUUACUAAUGAGUUAUGACAAACACCUAGAACCAGUCCUAGGAGAACUCCUUACUCGACAGGAAUAUUGGAGAUAAAAUGCUGAGUCUCCUGAAAAGAUGAAGAGAAAUAAGUGAAGCUAAAGUAAAGAGACCACUAGCCAAUAAAGGAUGCUGUCAUGCAUUGGCCAUUAUUAGGAAAGUGAGAACUGUUGCUUUUGUUAAUGUUUGUGUAUAUAUAUCACAGUAAGCUUGACAGGCAUUUCAUCAUUAUACUGGAGUCCUAAAAACAACUGUGAAUAAGUCUCAAACCAGUCCAUGAUGGCCCAGAUGUUUCCAGCACUGCAUCAUUAAUGAGCAUAUUCAGAAUAUUUAAUCCUAGGCCUUCAGAAGAGAAAGGAUGAAAGCUGAAGGUGGUUACAUUGAGGCACACCUUUCAGGUUGCCUAAUAGCUCCUGGGGAGUUUAUCAGCUAAAUCUUAACUAUUCUCAUGGGGAAAAUGAAAGAAAGAAAGAAAGAAAGAAAGAAAGAAAGAAAGAAAGAAAGAAAGAAAGAAAGAAAGAAAGAAAGAAAGAAAGAAAGAAAGAAAGAAAAAAGAUUCCUGCAGCAUUUGAGAUGUCAUAACUCUUCUUAUGUUGAAGUAUAUGGGAGAUUUUUCAUUCAGUGAAAGCAGGAGCAAGACUCAUCUCACACACAGCAUUUAGGCUUCUCACAUGUUUUUACACAUGAGUUUUUCAAAAUGUGUUUUAUUUUUAAUUAUUAAUUAUUGGUCAUGGUAGAUGUCUAAAAAGAUAAAUAGCCUUCAGAUAGGACUUUCACCUUUCUAAUGCUUGUUAACAGCAAUUAUGUCUGAAACCUACAACAUUUUAGAUUAAGUCUGUGUAACACAUGCAGGAUGUUAUGCACCAUCCACUAUUUGAAAUCUAAAUAAAAUAUGUGAGAAUUUA